GAACGGUCGCAGGAAGUAAUAGUUUCUUUUCCUUUUUUUUUUUUACGUUUUCGGCGGCUUGUGUGUGUGGCGCCAAGCAGUCAGGGAAGAAACGCAGUAUGCCGAAAGAGGAACAGCCACGAGAACCGGAGCAACUCCGGAAGUUGUUCAUCGGAGGCCUGAGCUUCGAGACUACAGACGACAGUCUGCGCUCUUACUUUGAGCAAUGGGGCACGUUAACCGACUGUGUGGUUAUGAGAGACCCGAACUCCAAGCGCUCCAGGGGCUUUGGUUUCGUCACAUACUCCUGUGUGGAUGAAGUCGACGCUGCCAUGAAGGCACGUCCUCACAAAGUGGACGGCCGUCUCGUCGAGCCCAAACGUGCCGUGUCUAGAGAGGAUUCCAACAGACCUUUUGCACACACUACAGUGAAAAAGAUCUUUGUGGGUGGCAUUAAGGAAGAUACAGAAGAGGGCCAUCUACGGGAAUAUUUCCAGGAAUUUGGGAAGAUCGAAGCGAUUGAAAUAAUGGUCGAUCAUAAGACUGGCAACAAAAGAGGCUUUGCGUUUGUUACUUUUGAUGAUCAUGAUGCUGUGGAUCGUAUCGUUAUUCAAAAGUACCACACGAUAAACGGCCAUAAUUCAGAAGUGAGAAAGGCGCUGUCUAAACAAGAGAUGCAGAAUUCAUCGAUGAACAUGAGGGGGCGUGGAGGUGGAAACUUUGGCGGUCGAUAUGGAGGCGGGAGUGACUUUGGAGGAGGCAGAGAUGGAUACAGAGACGGAUUCAGAGGAGGCAGAGGUGGCAGUGGAGGAUAUGGAGGUGGAGAUGGCUACAAUAAUGGAUUUGGAGGAGAUGGUGGUUAUGGUGGUGGAGGUCCUGGCUAUGGAGGCAACCGUGGUGGAGGAUAUGGGGGUGGAGGACCAGGCUAUGGUGGUAGCAGCGGUGGAGGCUACGGCAGCGGCGGCAGUGGUGGAUAUGGCGGUGGCAGCGGAUACGGCGGAGGUGGAAACAGCUACGAUAACUAUAACAGCAGUGGAAACUUUGGAGGUGGCAACUUCGGAGGAGGAGGAGGAGGAGGCGGCAGCAGCAGCGGCGGCAGCUACAAUGAUUUUGGAAACUACAGCCACCAGCAGUCAAGUUUUGGCCCCAUGAAAGGAAACUUUGGUGGAGGCGGCGGCGGCGGCAGGAAUAGCGGCCCAUAUGGUGGUGGCUAUGGAGGUAGCUCAGGAGGAGGUGGAGGCUAUGGCGGAGGCUCUGGUGGUCGACGCUAUUAAGUCCUUUUAAGGGCUCAGUACUUAGGAGAGGAGACAGGAGAGCAAGUGGAAUGACAGGGCAGCGGCAGGUUUACUCCCUAGAUCUGCUCAGCCGUUCAGAGGAGAUGUACAGUAGUGCUGUCAUGAGAGGGACUUUUGGUUUUUAUGUACGAUUUGUGAUGUCAGGUUUUUUUUAUAAAUUUUUUUUUUUUCUUUAUGGGAUGCAUUCCAUAUGAAGCUUUGUGUAGAGUUACUUUUAAUCCAGGAUCCUAAUUAUGUGUAACACCAACAAAAUCAAGAAAUAAAGCAACAUCCAGUUUAA